AAUUUUUUUCCAAAUAAAUUGAUACAUAAUAUUGAAAUUACAGAUAUUUUUCUUAACAUUAGAUAUUAAAAGUUAAAAUAUGGGCUCUUAUUGUUGUUGUUGUAAAGGUGUCGAUGAGACAAACAAAUCAAAAGAGAAUUCAAACCCAAACUCAAACCCAAAGGGACCGACAGAUCAUAAAAAUAUUGGAAACAACGGACAGAAGUUGUUUAAAUUGGAUGUCGAGGACAACGAUAACGACCAGAAAAAAAUCAUUGAAGACGAAAAACUGGCAAAUCUGAAGAUAUCAGCUAAAGGAGGACAAAGUGCUUACGGAAAGCUUAAGAAUAAUAAAAAAGAGGAGAAAAAGAAAGCGCUUUCGGCUUCUAAUUACAAUUCAUUGGGUUUGGUCUCCAAAGAAUCAAAAGAGUUUCAAAUAGUUCGCGAAUAUUUGGCGACAAAGAACUAUCAACUCAUUGAGUCCAUCGGAUCCGGCAAUUAUGCCGAAGUCUAUAAAGUGAUGACUGAAAAAAAUCGAUUAGUGGCCGUCAAAGUUAUUGACUUAACCAAAACCAAUGACAACUAUAGAAUACAGUUUCUUCCCCGAGAAGUCGAUAUUAUCCGUAGACUAAGACAUCCGGGAAUUAUUAAGACAUACGAAGUCUCUCAAACAGUUAACAGAAUAUUUAUGAUUAUGGAGUUCUGUUCCUAUGGAACGGUAACCAUAUGGUUGAGAGAUAACGGAGCUUUACCCGAACCAGUGGUCUGGGAGUUCAUCACACGCAUACUUGAAGGGCUUGAUUAUAUGCAUUCAUUGAAAAUAGCGCACCGGGAUCUCAAAUUAGAGAACAUUUUAAUCAACCAAAGACUAUAUCCAAAACUAAGUGAUUUUAGUUUUUCAAUGAUUAUUGACGAGAAAGAGAUGCAAUCGACCACUUUUUGCGGUUCAUUACCUUAUUUUUCACCCGAAAUAUUGCAACGAAAGCCUUACAACCCAUUUAUAUCAGAUGUUUGGAGUCUUGGUGUUUGUUUCUAUGUCAUGAUUUGCGAUGGACUGCCCUUCAAAAUAGAUGACGACAAACAAAUGCUUAAUAAACAACUGGAACGGGACUGGGAUUUCAAGAAAAGGGUUAAAAAUAAGUUGUCUUAUGAGCUGAAAAUAAUGAUCGGAAAAAUGCUUGAACCGGAUGUCACCAAAAGAGCAACAACUCAGACAUUAAUGAAUGAUCCGUGGAUUAAGACUCAACCAAAACCUCUUGAAUAGCUAUGAAUAUCUCUAUA